AUGUUGCAAUCACAUGUAGCGAACCAUGCGAAAUAUGGUAAAAUAUAUACGACCGCGGCCCCUGGUGUUGGUCGACAAAUCCAUGUUAUAGAACCAGAGAUCUUGGACCAUGUCUUACGAGUCAAUUUCUGGGCAUAUGAAAAGGGCCCCAGCGCUAGGAUCAGUUUGGAGCCUUUAGUAGGAGCAGGCAUUUUCAGUGCAGAUGGCGAGCACUGGAAGUGGCAGCGCAAGUUGGCAAGCAAUAUCUUUUCUGUCAAAGCUUUCCGUCUAUAUACUUCGGAAGUAUUUUGUCGCGAAGCUCACACUGCUAUCGAUUAUCUUAAUAAGCAUGUCGAUUCUGGAAAAGUUGUCGAUCUGCAACAACUAUUUCACUGCUUCACUCUUGAUUCUUUUGGUGAAAUCGCUUUUGGUCAGUCCUUUGGCUGUCUAAAGGAUCCGGAACAUCCAACCGAAUUUGCAACUGCGUUCGAUCGUCUCACUCAUCUUCUCGCUGGCAGAUCUGUAACACCACUUUGGGGCAUCAAAGCCUGGUUGACAGGUCGAUCAAAACAAAUUGCCAAAGACAGUAAGUUUGUCCGACAGUUUGCUCUAAACAUGAUUUAUGAGCGACGCAAUAGCCAAGCAUCUUCGCCUGCAGCAAAACACCAAGAUCCACGCCAAAAGGACCUCUUACAACUAUUCAUGGACAUGGGUGAUGAUGAUGAUGUUGAAGAGGCUGCGAAGCUCUCGGACGAUAUGCUUGUGGACAGUGUCCUCAACUUCCUCAUUGCUGGCCGUGAUACGACCGCACAGUCACUUGCUUGGACAUUCUAUCUCAUGCACCGUACACAGGCAGGACCAGAGAUUGUCCAAAAGUUGGUCAAGGAAACAAACGAUAUCUUGGGUGGAGGGGAGCCAACUUAUGAGAGUACCAAAAAGCAAAAAUAUGCCGAGGCUUGCUUCUAUGAAGCAUUGAGGCUUUACCCUUCGGUCGCCAGAAAUUCCAAGGUCUGUGUUGAGGAUGAUGUCCUGCCUGGUGGCCUCAAAGUGUACAAGGGUGAGCGUGUGGCAUGGAGUUCAUAUACCAUGGGCCGCUCGACUCAUAUUUGGGGCCCAGAUGCAAAUGAAUAUAAACCUGAGCGCUGGAUGAAAGGAGACAAGCCAUCUUCCACCAAGUUUAUCGCCUUCCAUAGUGGUCCACGUACAUGCCUUGGACAACAGUUUGCCACUAUUGAAGCCAUUACUAUUAUGUCUAUGUUGAUCCAACAUUUCACAUUUGAACUCGUAGAUCCUGAUCACGAUCCUGCAUACCUGCCCUCCUUGACACUUCCCAUAGAUGGGGGUCUGCCCGUUCGUGUCAAACGUCGCGAAAACACCCUGGCUGCUUAA